GAUUUAUCAAACUGGCUAUUUCAAGUUCUGUUUUUUCAACAUUCAAAAUUUUAAACUUCACUCUCUACUCAGUAAGUAAUGGAAACGAGAAGACCCAAUUCGAUCGGAGCACAGCAGCCGGAAACCCUAGGCCAAGACGACGAUGACUUGUCGGAGUCGGAGUCGGAGUCAGAAGAAGGGAUACAAGAACUGGAAGAAGAAAUACGGGAACUGGAACAACAAGUUCAACAAAUGGCUGAGAAAAUUGUGGAUUUCAGAACUACACUUCCGGGUCAGCUUAAAACUACUCUCGAUUCCAUUCUUACUGCUCAAAGACCCCUUUUUGAUAGCCCCGAAUCUCAACCUGGCUGCUCCAAUCAACCACCCACAUCUGACGUAGAAGAGCCUGGUGCCGCCUUACCUGGAGAUGUGCAGAAAGAAGCUGAAAAAGCACAGCUCCUUAAGCAGAAGAUAACAAGUAAUGCAUCUGCCAUACCUAUUGUAUUGAACAGGAUGAAGGAAGGUAUGGCGAAGAUUGACAAGCUACAGUCUAGGAAUAAAGUCAUUCAUCCUGCAUUUAAAAGGGGAAGAACUAGCCGAUAAGCCCCUGCUAGAUUUGCUCGCUAUGGUAUAGAACACGUAGUUUCUUAUUAUGCUUAACAGCUUUGACUGUUGCGGAACACGUGAAGCUGUCUUCCAGAGAAAUAUUUAUUGACAUGGAUCUAACAUAGUCAGGGAGCAUUUUAUUCUGUAAUUAAGUGCAACAUUAGUUAGUUUUGUAUGUAAUUCUUAAUGGUGAUAGGGUUAGUUUAUGAUGAUGAAAUGAGAAUAUGUAAUCCAGUUAGUUGAGGUUGUGAUUUUUGUGGAGCUCUACAUUGUACAAUUUAUUUUUUUGGUUCUGGAUUUGUUGUACAUGUACUCCAUUAUUCCUUGUCCAUUGGAAAGAGAG